AUGCAAGCAUUGAAAUCGUUAAGCAAACAUUGUAAUUUCAAAGCUGUAUCUGCUGUUCAAAACCGAGAUGCUUAUGUCCGAGACGCUUUUAUCCGGGGGUUAAACUCCACAUGGAUACGACAGCGUUUGUUGGAAAACAAACACCUUGAUCUUAAUACGACAUACGAUCAAGCCAGAAGCUUAGAAGUAGCAAUUAAGAAUGCUGAAGCUUAUCGAGUAUCCGAUCCUUCUACUGUGUCUGCGGCUGCUCAAAACAGUGAUAUCGAGAAAAUAUCUGCUACUGCAAAUUCCGCGUGCUUUUUCUGUGGCGGAAAGAAACAUCCUCGUUCAAAAUGUCCAGCCCGAAAUGUGUUUUGUUUCAAGUGUCAUAAAAAAGGACAUUUCAUAAAAGUCUGCAUAGGAACCGUUUUCAACCCACAAAAUCCUGACGAAGUCACUGCAUGUUCUAACUCGUAUAUAUUAGGGAUGGCUUUUGACAAUACCCCAAAAUCAUUGAGAGGGUCGUCGUCUGUGAUUCAUAUUGAAGGACACAAAGUACGCGCACUUUUUGAUAGUUGCAGUAGUCAGAGUUUCAUACACCCUCGUCUCAUAGAAAGGUGUAACCUCCCAAUCAAAAGGGACACAGUUAAAGACAAGGUAGCAAUGGCUUCUCUGGCGUGUUCCAUGCCUAUAAAAGGUUGCACAGCAGCUGAUAUUGAAUAUCAGGGCCGACACCAUCAAAAAUUCAUAUUGAGAGUAAUGGAUGAUCUAUGUUGUGACAUUUUACUUGGAUAUAUUUAA